CACAAGAAUAAUACCAACAUCGCAAACAACAAUCCAGAGCAAAGACCACCCCAAUUCCCAAUCCAGCCACCCUACGAACAGAACAGAACAGAACAGAACAGAGAUGACUCCUCCCCCGCAAGAGCCAAAAACCCUGCACCUCGUCGGCAUCGGCGUAACCCACUCCAUCGCGCCCGCAAUGCACACCUCCAUCGCCAAAUCCCUCGGGCUCCCCUGGACCUUCCACGCGACCGAGUGCCCGACCCUCGCCGACGUCCUCGCCCUCGCGCGCGACCCGCGCACAGCCGGCCUCGUCGUCACAAUGCCCUACAAGAACACGAUCAUCCCGCACCUUGACGAGCUCGAUGAGCUUACUACGGAGAUCGGGGCGUGCAAUAAUGUCCACUAUACAUACGCGUAUACCCACACCGACACGGACGCAAAGAAUGAACCGGGCGCGCGCCGCCUCCUUCGCGGGACAAACACCGACUGGCGCGGGAUCAAGGGCUGUCUUCUUGAAGCGGGCGAUGAGGCGGCGCGCCCGACGGCAGCUGCGCCGGGCGCAGGCCUGAUCAUUGGCGCCGGGGGCGCAAGUCGCGCGGCGGUUUAUGCGCUUAGUCGGCAUCUGCAUUGUCGGACGAUCUACGUGGUGAAUCGGGACGAGGGAGAAGUGCGUGAUUUGGUUCGCGAUGUCCAGGCGCGUGCGCGGGCCCGGGGCGGCAGCAGCCUUGCAGAAGAUCCUGCUGGUUCUGGCCCUGAAAUAAUCCACGUUCGCAGUGUGGAGGAGGCGGAGCGGUGCGUCGUGCAGAAGCCGUAUUACAUUGUCGGGACGGUCCCCGAUUUCGAGCCCAAAACAGAGGCGGAGAGGGUUGUUGCUGAAGUUUUGGAGUGGUUUUUGGAGAGAGGGGAGACCGCCAUUUCUACCGCAACGGCCACUACCACUGCUGGAAGGAAGAAAGGCGUCGUACUAGACAUGUGCUUCAAGCCACGACGAACAAGGAUGCUGCGGCUCGCAGAGCGGCUAGGAUGGCCAGUCGUCGAGGGCACGCAUGUCAUCGGGUACCAGAUUGAAGAGCAGUGGCGGCUGUGGGCUGGGGAGGAGGCUGUUGCGCAGAUGGAUCGCGAGGGGGCGUGGCGGGUGCUUUUGCAGGCUGCCGAGGAGAGUACGGUUAUUAAUUAG